GCCCCUCUGGCUGCUCUGCCUGGCCGCGUGCUGGCUCCUGGGCGCCAUGGCCGACGCCGACUUCUCCAUCCUGGACGAGGCGCAAGUGCUAGCGAGCCAGAUGCGGAGGCUGGCAGCCGAGGAGCUGGGGGUCGUUACCAUGCAGCGGAUUUUCAACUCCUUUGUUUACACUGAGAAAAUCUCCAACGGGGAGAGCGAAGUGCAACAGCUAGCCAAAAAAAUCCGAGAGAAAUUCAACCGGUACUUGGAUGUGGUCAAUCGGAACAAGCAAGUUGUAGAAGCAUCCUACACGGCUCACCUCACCUCCCCCCUCACAGCCACCCAGGACUGCUGCACUAUCCCGCCUUCCAUGAUGGAAUUUGAUGGGAAUUUCAAUACUAAUGUAUCCAGAACAAUUAGUUGUGAUCGACUUUCUACUACAGUUAAUAGCAGAGCCUUCAAUCCAGGACGAGACUUAAAUUCAGUUCUUGCAGACAACCUGAAAUCCAACCCUGGAAUUAAGUGGCAAUAUUUCAGUUCGGAAGAAGGAAUUUUCACUGUUUUCCCUGCACACAAGUUCCGGUGUAAAGGCAGCUACGAGCACCGCAGCAGGCCCAUCUACGUCUCUACUGUCCGGCCACAGUCCAAGCACAUAGUAGUGAUCCUGGACCACGGGGCUUCCGUCACCGACACCCAGCUCCAGAUCGCCAAGGAUGCCGCUCAGGUCAUCCUCAGUGCCAUCGACGAACACGACAAGAUUUCUGUGUUAACUGUGGCAGACACCGUGCGGACUUGCUCUCUGGACCAGUGCUAUAAAACCUUCCUGUCUCCAGCCACUAGUGAGACAAAAAGGAAAAUGUCCACCUUUGUGAGCAGCGUCAAGGCUUCCGACAUCCCCACCCAACACGCCGUAGGGUUUCAGAAGGCGUUUCAGCUGAUUCGAAGCACAAACAAUAACACAAAGUUCCCAGCCAAUACAGACAUGGUCAUCAUCUACCUGUCAGCUGGCAUCACAUCAAAGGACUCUUCAGAAGAAGAUAAAAAGGCAACUCUCCGUGUCAUCAAUGAAGAAAACAGCUUUCUGAACAACUCCGUGAUGAUUCUCACCUAUGCCCUCAUGAACGAUGGUGUGACUGGUUUGAAAGAGCUGGCUUUUCUGAGGGAUCUGGCGGAACAGAACUCAGGGAAGUACGGAGUGCCAGACCGGACCGCUUUGCCUGUGACAAAGGGCAGCAUGAUGGUGCUGAACCAGCUGAGCAACCUAGAGACCACGGUUGGCAGGUUCUACACAAAUCUCCCCAAUAGGAUGAUCGACGAAGCUGUCUUCAGCCUUCCUUUCUCUGAUGAGAUGGGAGAUGGUUUGAUAAUGACUGUGAGUAAACCCUGUUAUUUUGGAAACCUGCUUCUGGGAAUUGUAGGCGUGGACGUGAAUCUGGCUUACAUCCUGGAAGACGUGACGUAUUACCAGGACUCUUUGGCUUCCUAUACUUUUCUCAUAGAUGACAAAGGAUAUACACUUAUGCAUCCAUCUCUUACAAGACCAUAUUUAUUAGCAGAACCUCCCCUUCAUACUGACAUCAUACAUUAUGAAAAUAUUCCAAAAUUUGAAUUGGUUCGGCAGAACAUCCUCAGCCUGCCCCUGGGCAGCCAGAUUAUCACAGUCCCUGUGAACUCAUCCCUGUCCUGGCACAUAAAUAAGCUGAGGGAGGCUGGGAAGGAGGCCUACAAUGUCAGCUAUGCCUGGAAGAUGGUACAAGACACUUCCUUUAUCCUGUGUAUUGUGGUGAUACAGCCGGAAAUACCUGUCAGACAGCUGAAGAACCUCAACACAGCUCCCAGCAGCAAGCUGCUGUACCACCGGCUGGACCUGCUGGGCCAGCCUGCCGCCUGCCUGCACUUCAAGCAGCUGGCCACUCUAGAAAGCCCAACCGUCAUGCUGUCUGCUGGCAGCUUCUCCUCCCCCUACGAACACCUCAGCCAGCCUGAGACCAAGCGCAUGGUGGAACACUACACCGCCUACCUCAGUGACAACACCCGCCUCAUAGCCAACCCGGGACUCAAGUUCUCUGUCAGAAAUGAAGUGAUGGCCACCAGCCACGUCACAGACGAAUGGAUGACACAGAUGGAAAUGAGCAGCCUGAACACAUACAUUGUCCGCCGGUACAUAGCAACGCCCAAUGGCGUCCUCAGGAUCUACCCUGGUUCCCUCAUGGACAAAGCAUUUGAUCCCACUAGGAGACAAUGGUAUCUCCAUGCAGUAGCUAACCCAGGGCUGAUUUCCUUGACUGGCCCUUACUUAGACGUGGGAGGAGCCGGCUACGUGGUGACAAUCAGUCACACAGUUCACUCUUCCAGCACACAGCUAUCUUCGGGACACACUGUGGCUGUGAUGGGCAUUGACUUCACACUCAGAUACUUCUACAAGGUUCUCAUGGAUCUGCUCCCCGUGUGCAACCAGGAUGGCGGCAACAAGAUAAGGUGCUUCAUAAUGGAGGACAGGGGCUACCUGGUGGCCCACCCGACCCUCAUCGACCCCAAGGGACAUGCGCCUGUGGAGCAACAGCACAUCACCCACAAGGAGCCCUUGGUGGCAAAUGACAUCCUCAACCACCCCAACUUCGUGAAGAAGAACCUUUGCAACAGCUUCAGUGACAGGACGGUCCAGAGGUUCUACAGGUUCAACACCAGCCUGGUGGGAGAUUUGACGAACCUUGUGCAUGGCAGCCACUGUUCCAAGUACAGGCUGGCAAGGAUCCCAGGGACCAAUGCGUUUGUGGGCAUCGUCAAUGAGACCUGUGACGCCCUGGCCUUCUGUGCCUGCAGCAUGGUGGACCGCCUGUGUCUCAACUGUCACCGGAUGGAACAAAACGAAUGUGAAUGUCCUUGUGAGUGCCCUCUAGAGGUCAAUGAGUGCACUGGCAACCUCACCAAUGCAGAAAACCGGAACCCAAGCUGCGAGGUCCACCAGGAGCCCGUGACAUACACAGCUAUGGACCCCGGCCUGCAGGAUGCGCUGCACCAGUGUGUUAACAGCAGAUGCAGGCAGCGGGCAGAGAGUGGGGACUGUUUUGGGGUGCUGGACUGUGAGUGGUGCAUGGUAGACAGUGAUGGGAAGACUCACCUGGACAAACCAUACUGUGCACCCCAGAAGGAGUGCUUUGGGGGGAUCGUGGGAGCCAAAAGUCCCUAUGUAGAUGACAUUGGGGCAAUAGGUGAUGAGGUGAUCACACUGAGCAUGAUCAAAAGCGCCCCCGUGGGCCCCGUGGCCGGAGGCAUCAUGGGCUGCAUCAUGGUCCUGGUGCUCGCAGUGUACGCCUACCGCCGCCAGACCCACCGUCGCAGCCACCAGCACAUGUCCCCUCUGGCUGCCCAGGAAAUGUCAGUGCGUAUGUCCAACCUGGAGAACGACAGAGAUGAAAGGGAUGACGAGGGCCACGAGGACAGAGGCAUCAUCAGCAACACGCGGUUCAUAGCUGCAGUCAUCGAGCGACACGCACACAGCCCAGAACGGAGGCGGCGCUACUGGGGCCGGUCAGGGACAGAGAGUGACCACGGUUACAGCACCAUGAGCCCACAGGAGGACAGUGAAAACCCUCCAUGCAACAGUGACCCCCUGUCAGCUGGUGUCGAUGUGGGGAGCCACGACGAGGACUUGGACGUGGAUGCCCCACCUCAGACCGCUGCCCUCCUCAGCCACAAGUUCCACCACUACCGGCCGCACCACCCCACUCUCCACCACAGCCACCACCUACAGGCGGCCGUGACGGUGCACACUGUUGAUGCCGAGUGCUAACAGCCCCUCACCUCCACGGGAAGAUGGGAACGGGAGAUACAGAAUGUUCUGGAAAGAAAAAAGAUCCAGCUUAAAGCCCACAGCAGGGGGACCCCCUGUGUUUGUGCUUUGUCCCGAGUGUUUUAACUCAUUUCCUGCCUGUCAUGUUUAAGAAACAAGAGAAACAACAACCAAAAUCACAUUUGUGAAGAAUGAAGCUAGUUUUGAAAUGGAGGGGAAAGAGCUGAUUAAUGAACCUGCCAUCACAUGAUGGGCAGAACAGCAGGCAACCUCCAGACGCAGGCGGAACCGUGAGUGAAGCUGAGCCAGAGGAAUGUUCUGAGGAGCCAGAAGCAUUCAGAUCUCCUUAGCUGGAGAGAGACGUCCUCUCAGCCAGCACCUGGGACGAGGCCCGUCUGGAUGGAUGUGAGCUGCAGGGCUGACCCUUAGUUGCAGGGCUGACCCUUAGUUGCCUCGUGAGACCUGGAUACCAGUUGCUGUAUGGAACUCACAUGAGCUCAAAAUGAUGCAUCUCAAAAUUUCUAAGUAAAGGAUUAUUUUUCUACUAUUUAUUGAACUUUUAAACAUUCUCAAACUUGGGGGGGGGGGGAAGGAAACAUAUGAGAAGCUCUCAGCAGUUGCCCCUAGCUGUUUUGUGUGUGGUAAAGUGAUUCUUUGAUUAGGGGCUCUUUUUCUUAUUUAACUGCUAUUAUCCCACUGCCCUACUCCACAAAAUAGGAAAAUGAAGAAAUCUUUCUCUCUCAUUUGUUUACAUCAUUUCACGGGAUACCCUCCUUUGUAACAAGGUGCCCUUUCUCUGUUUGACAGAGGUGGGGGAGGGCCGAGGAACCGGAGACAUUUUAAAAGAAAUUUUAUGUUUCUCUGUAAUUCAUUUCCACUGUCAUGUAAUACUAUAUAUACUUAGGUUUCUACGAAACCUAAAUAUUACAGCUCCAGCCUUUCAGCUAAAGGAGGGUUGGAUUUAUUUUCCUUGUUUUAAAGACUAUACAUUUUUAAAUGUCCCAUUUUGACUCUGAGAACUUUGAACAUAUAAGGGAAGCUUUUUAAUUGUGAAAGUUUGAUUCUUAAAGAUUUCUUUUGAAAUCAUAGUUAAAAGCUGCUGCCAGUUAUCCGAGAAGUUAUUCACCAAACUCUUUUGUGAUUUAUACAGGGGAUCAUCCAAUCUGGCUACUAUGACAUGGAUCAUUGUAGUUUAAAGUAGUGUUCUAAUUACAGUGACAUAUUUUAGAUCCAAAUUUUGUGAUUCAAAUAUGUUUUAAAGACAUUCUUGCACCAUGCGUGUGGUAAAUGUCUGCUCAUAUGUAGUUGGAAAAAAAUUCACUAAAUAAUGUUUUAAUGAUAGGAUAUUAUGAUACAAUGUAAAAAAAAAUUGGUUCUUCAGCUGCACAGAAAGUAUCUAUGUGCAAUCAGGAAACCCCUUCAUGCUGUUUAUAAAACUACAGUCUCCUAAAAUAAACUAUAUUGGUCAGACCAUCCUGCUGGCCACAGUGACUGUCCCCAUGCCACUUCUGUCUCAAAGCAAGUGAUGCUCACCCUGCGACCUCAAGAGGAACCUGCUGACCUGAGAGUGGGUCUUCUAGCAUGACGGUCAGUGUCAGGGGUUUCCUGCCCAUCUCAGACAUGCAAAGAGUCUUAAGGAUAUAAUAAAAGAGAAAGCAAACUCUUAAAACUGUCUAGAAUAUAGCUCCCCCUUCCAAAUCUACAUCAUUAAAAAUAAAUAAAUGGUUAUUCUCUGAC